GGUCACUCACAACUUUACAGACUGUUUCUUUGACUAUGUGUCCCUGUGACCUUCAACAGCUUGAUUAUAAUGGUUGAGAGGACGAGUUCAUACUAAGGAAAGUGACUUUGUGUAGCUCAAGGAAGACACAACUGAGAUGUCACCGUUGAUGUUUAAAGAUGCCUUCUGGGGGUCUGACUUCACGUGUCACGCUGGGUAUGAAGCUGUGAUCCAAAGGUUACAAGAUGGCAAGCAGAUGUGCAAAGAUGUGGAGGAACUUCUAAAGAUGAGGUCUCUAGCAGAAGAGAAAUAUGGAAAAGAACUGGUGACUAUUGCUCGAAAAGCAGGAGGACUCACAGAGAUCAGCACCUUGAGAGCAUCCUUUGAACAAUUAAAGACACAGAUCGAAAACAUCGGGAACUUCCACAUCCACUUGUCAGAUAUACUGAAAGAGGAGGUGAAAAAGAUUGAGACAUUUAGAGAGCGGCAGAAAGAGCAGAGGAAGAAGUUCCAGAGCAUCAUGGAGAAGGUCCAGAAGAAAAAAGUGUCAUGCUACAAGAAGACUUUAGAGUCAAAGAAAAACUAUGAGCUGAGAUGCAGAGAGGCAGACGAGGCUGAGCUGGGGGCUGAGAGGACAACUACUACAUCCAGAAACAAGGUACAUCACAAAGCAAAGCAGCACAGGCAGGCAGCAAAUCAAGCAGAGAAGGUGUACUUUAACAACAUUGUGCAGCUUGAGAACAUUCGCCAGGACUGGGAGGAAACACACAGAAGCACAUGUGAGGUGUUCCAGCAGCUUGAGGGAGAUCGCAUUAAUAUGAUCAGGUAUUCUUUGUGGGACCACUGCAACCAUUUCUCAAUGCAGUGUGUCAAAGAUGAUGCGAGUUACGAAGAGGUGAGGAAGACACUGGAAGAGUGUGACAUCACAACAGACAACAAUUGUUUCAUAGAAAUGAGGAGCACAGGAUCCAAGCCUCCAGACCCCAUAGUGUUUGAGAGCUACUAUCACAGAGAUUCAUCUGGAGACUGCAACGGCCAAUCUCAUUUCCCAGGAGGAGGAGACAACAUGAUAAGAUCACUCAGAUCUGCAGAAAGCCUGCUAGCAAGUUCUGUUGAUAUCAGUGUGGACAGUCUUCAAAACUCAUCAGCAGUGCCGUCUAUUGGGGAAAGUUCAGUGGAGAUCUCAGAUGAUGGAUACGCACCUCUGCCAGGCCUCCAGCAUGUCGCACCAAUGACUACAGCUUCAGCUGAUGAAGAGAACUAUGUUGCACUUUAUGAAUACACUGCACAGGAGGAAGACGAGCUGUCAGUCAGCAGAGGGGACAUGGUUCAAGUCUUGGAACGAGGACAAGAUGGCUGGUGGAAGGUGGAGAGGAACGGGUUCAGUGGGCUGGUGCCAGGAAACUAUCUGGGCAAAAUAUGAUCAUAUUUAUACAAACAAACAAGAUAGUCAAUUAACAACACACCAACAUAAUAGACAUAUGGGUGUGAAUAUGUAAGCAAAUAUGCAAAUUGUUUCAAACUUGUAAAGAUGGUCAGAUUCACCAUCAAACUCACCUGUAAGAACAUGGAAACACGCAAAUGUGCAUGGACACACACAUAUCUUUGCCUUGCUUUUUAGUCAUGGGCUCUUUCAUAUUUUAAGAUGAACUUACCAAAAAAAUUAUGUUGCUGCCACAGCAGGACUCUGUAGUUACUCUAACAAAACUUAAUCAACAUUGUCUGCCGUUUACAGACAGAUAUGUUACUGAAUCCCCUCCACUUGGCAAUAAUAGUGUUGUACUGUUUGAAGCCAUAUGGGAUUUUACAACUCUUAAACUAGGGUAAUGAGUUUAUAUCUAGAACUUAAAACAUAAAAUACAGAACUCACAGUAUCAGUCAUUGUCUUGCAGCUUUCCUGUUCAUUUUUCAUGCUGUAUAAAAGGUAGCAUAAUUGUGUUUUCGAUGAUCAAACAGGUACUUUUCAAGGAUUAACCAGGUUUGGUUUUGUCUCUCAGGUUCUUUGUGUUAAUACUUGAGUGUUUGUGAGCUGAAGAAGGAAACAGUUGUGUGUGUAGUGUAUGUAAUAAAGUGUGCUAAGUUAUUUUCUGUGACCUCCAGGUAGGGUUAUGGGGGCCAUAAGAGGACAUGCAUCCUUAUGUGUCAUUUUCUCUGUCCUUUUUGUGAUAAGUUACAUUUGUUAGUUUUCUGAAUUCUUGAUUAUCUUGUUUUGACAAGGAAAAAAUGCAUUUAUCUCAACUUUCUGACAUUAAAAUGACAAAUUUUAAGAAAAUAACCUAAAUUUACCGCUCAUAAGGUGAAGGAGAAAAAAAACCUAUGGAUAUUUGUCCACUUAGGGCAUCCAGUAGACCACCAGUGACUGUAUUAUGUAAAAUCAUACUAAUAAAAUGUCAAACAGAAA